AUGAACCGGUGGCGCUUGCCCGGCGGGCUUCUUGCUGGGCGUCGUGGCGAGGCGUCUGGCCGCUGCAAAGCCGCGGCGUGUUGUGCGACGCGAGCGCCGCCGCUGCUGACUGCUGCUUUUUUUUUGCUGACGUUGGCGUCGAUUGUCGCGUGCACGGCGGGAGCGUACCACGUUUUGGCGGUGGACCUCGGCGUGGAGUGGGCGAAGGCGGCCACGCUCGGCGGCGGCAGCGGGGCCUCGUCGAACCCAGCCGUUGUCCUCAAUGACCAGGCAAACCGAAAGAGCCCGCAGUGUAUCGCCUUCCGCUUUCUGCCGUACGACACGGACGAUGUGCUGCAGAAGGUGGAGCGUAUUUUUUCGGAGCAGGCGCUCGCACUUGAGCCCCGCUUCCCUGAGCACGUCGUGUGCGGCCCCUCGUUGCUUGCGGGGCGCGGGGUGUGGCGAGGCUUCGUUGCUGGAAGCGACACCGGAGCCGCGGCGCAGGCGGCGCUGGCACCGGAGGACGCGGCGUCUCUGACCUACGCCGUGGUCCCCCACGCCUCCCGCGACAAGCUGGCGGUCCGCAUCGCAGGAGGAAGGGACAAGCAGAGUGUGUUGGAGUUUUCUGCGGAGGAGCUUGUCGGCAUGUUCCUUACCUAUCUGAGGCGGAUAGCGGAGCGUGGCCUGGACGGGGAGCCGCUGCGGCACCUCGUCGUGGCUGUUUCUACCCACGCCUCUCUGGCGCAGCGGCAGGCUGUUGUGGACGCGGCUGCUGUGGCGGGCCUGCGAACGGUGCGGCUUGUGCACGGCACCACCGCGGCGGCCGUGCAGCUGGCGUACCUCAACGCCGAUCAGUUUUUUGCUGCGGCGCGAGAAAAUGCCUCAAAGUACGUCAUGGUGUACGACAUGGGCAGUCGAGGAACGGAGGUGGCGGUGUACGCGUUUGCGCAGUCGCUGCAGCAGCCGGGGACGAUCACGCUGCUGGCGGCGGUGGUGCACGACACGCUGGGUGGCCGUGCCUUCGACAAAUGCAUCGCCCGCUACAUUGAGCGAGAGCUCUUCCCCAAUGCAAGGCCGAAGGCGAUCGAGCCCGUGCUUGCCGCCUCUGCCCCGGCCGCGCGAAAGGCGGCUGCGAGUUUGCUGCGGGCGGUGAAAAGCGCGCGGGAGCGGCUCUCCGUGAAUCAAGAGGCCCCUGUCGUUGUGCAGGGCGUGCAGGAGGGCGGCGGCGACUUUACCGCCACCAUCUCGCGCGCGAGGUUUGCGCAGGAGUGCGCCCACCUCUUUGACGAGGCGGCGCGCCUGCGGGACGCGGCGAUUGCGCAGACGAGGGGCGUCGUGCCGUCGCUGCGGGACUUGGCACGCUUCGAGGUGAUUGGCGGGGCCACGCGGAUGCCGAAGCUGCUGGAGCGCCUCAGCGACGGCUACGGCAGGGCGGUGGACCGGACACUCAACAGCGACGAGGCGACGGUGGUGGGCGCCGCGUACGUGGGCGCCGCCCGGGCGGGCAUCCCCGUCCGCGGCUUCCGCGUGGUGGAGCCGCUGAUGAACGAUGUGUACUUCUCGCUCACGCCUCCGCUGCAGGGCGGCGGCGGCGCAGGCACCCGGCACCUCGUUUUCGCCAAGGCCCGCACACUCGUGCCGGCGGUGCAAUCGCUGCGUUUUAAAAACCGCACCGCCGACUUCACCCUCACGUUGGAGGACGACGGCGGCCGCUUUGCACGGGCGACGUCGAUCCACGGCGUCGGCGAGAGCAUUUCCGCGGCGAGAGGCAGGCGGGGCGGCAUGUCGCUGGAGCACACGGAGGUUGUGGUGGAGGUCACGGUGGCGGAGAGCGGCAUCCCGUUUGUGUCCAACGCGUACCUGCGCGCCACAUAUGUGAAGCGGACGGCCGCAGCAAGAAAGGGCCAGACGGGGUCGGCAAACACGACGCGGAAUGAGUUUUUCGCCGCAUCCGCUGCGGAGGAGAACGCGACGGAUACGGAGGCCUCUGAGGAGGCGCAGAAGCACCCAACCCCGCAGCGGCCCGGUGAGCAGGCCGAAGAAGCAGGAGCGGGACCAACACUGCCGCCGCCACCGCCACAGCCGCCGCAGAAGCAGCAGCAGCCUGCCGGGGGAGCGGGAGCGAAGUGGGAGGAGGCGCCUGAGGCCGCGGUGGAAGCAGAGGCGGAGGAAGAAGUCGAAGAGGAGGAAGAGGCGGAGGUGGCACAAAGCAACCCCGAGGAGGGGCAGGCAGGGGAGCGGGGGGACAACGGCACCGGUGAGGGCGCCGUGCCGGGCGUGGGAAGUGUGUCCACGGCGAAGAGGGAGGAGGAGGUGAUGGUGGUGAAGCGUGUGGUGCGCGGGGUCCCUCUGCGUUUUGCCCCGGCGCCCUUCUCGGCUGGAGUCAAUUUAAAUAAAACGGAGACGAUGGCCGCACGAGACCGCCUUCGCGCCUUUCAACGGAUUGACGAUGAGCGGCUGAUGCGGAGCGCCAUCCGCAACGACCUCGAGGCCCUGAUUCUGCACUACAAAUCCCUUGACGCCUGGGACAAGGCGACGGUGGGGAGUGCGGGCGAGGGGAACUGGCGGGAGGUAGUCGCGGAUGUGGCACGGUGGCUUGACGACGCCAGCGACAACGUGGCGCUCGCGGAGCUGCAGCGGCAGCAGCGGCGGAUGAAGGAGCUGAAAACUGGGGAUGCUGCGACUGGCUAA